AUGGCCAGCUGGUUCGGGAUGGGCGACCCCGACGAGUCCAGCGUCUAUGGGAUCACCGAGGUCUGGGACGAUGACCUUGAGAAGAUGGUGCCAGUUUUGCCUACAGAUGUUGUGUACUCGUGCUUUAGAGCGCUCAGCAUGGGUUUUACCUGGGCAUUACACCUCUGCCACUCAGCUGUAGAGCACCUUGUUGCCGCGGGGGUUCCUAGAGACCGAGUACCUCGGGUGUCGUUCGUGAGCCCGAUCACCUCGACCUACGUGGACAACGCCGCGCUGCUGAGUGCCAAUGCCGAGACUUCAGACUUGCGCGAAGUGCUGCGGAUCUGGAUCGGCCACGUGGUGCACCUAUUCAUGCUCAACAGGCCGGCGCUCUCCUGCCUGUGGACUGUCUAUCAGUUUAUCCUACACGCCCUAGACCGCCGCUGCCGUGUGUGGGGCUCGCUUCGCCAGGAGAUCAAAGUGAUCAUGGGGCUCGUCUUUCUUUGUCAGCGGGAUCUGGGUGCGUCGAGGCUCCGCAUGGCCUACUGCUCCGACUCCUCGGACCUGGGCUAUUGCCUGGCCGUGACGAGCGCCUCCGACGCUGAGCUCAGGGAGGCGGCUGCUUACCAUGAGCGCUGGCUUUUCGUGGAAGAACGAGUGGAUCGGCGUUGUGAGCUGGUGCCCUACCUGGAGCUCUGCGAGCGCUGGAAGACCCUCUUCGAGCGCAAGUGGGCCGACCCGACGGAGCACAUCAAUACCAAGGAGGGCCGUGUGAUGCUGACUGGCACAGAGAAGACGAACGGGGGGCUCCGCUACCUGGGGCAACGCGCCGCCGCCUUGCCGAUUGGCUGCGCCAUCCAGUGGGCAACCCGUCAUCUGGAGGGAGUCCGGAAUCCGACGGACGCUGGCUCUCGGCGUUUUGAUUCUGGGAGCGACCCGACUCUCGAGGCCACCAACCUCGGCUUGGAGCGUGGGGGCCACGACAUGGCCAUAGUUCGUGCCGCGUCCUGGCGCCGCCCCGUCGGCACCUCCGCCACCUCCGCCCGCUCCCUGCGCGGCUGCCAGUGCUCCUGCUCCUACCAGCUCCUCGACCUCAAGGGCCUCCCCUACGAGUACCUCCACGAGAGCCACUACGGGGCCCUCUUCUGCGGGCGCUACCAGGGCUGCUACGACCGGGCCCUCUACUUCGUUUUCGGCACCCUGUGGGACUUCAAGUGGGCCUCCUACUGGGACCCCAAGGGCCUCGAGAUCUCCAAGGGCCCCGAGUACGACCUCCUCGACCCUGGUAUCAGGCAGUACCUGGUCAAGCUCCUCCAAAGUGGCCAGAUCCUGUGCGUCUGGUUGGGCACCCCAUGCAGUGCGCUCAGUAUCGCUAGGCGACAGCGACUCGCCCGUCCCCCGGCUGUUCGACACGGGCCCGCUCCGCAGCCCCGCAACCCGGUGGAGCGCAGCGUCGCGCCCAGCACCCUGCACACCUACAAGGCCGAGGUCGCGGAGUUCAGAGCCUGGGCAGCUGGCAGGGGCCUCGGCCUCCGGACGCCAGAGGCGGCCGACUCUGCGAUGUCGGACAACUUCGACUGGCUGUUCGCUCAACGGGAGCAGCCUCAGGCGGGCAGGUGGACCCUGCACGGCUACGCGCUGCUGCACCUCUCACACCUCGGCCGAGGCGGCCAUGUGCUACCUAGAGCCAAGGCAGCGUUGAGAGGCUGGAUACGGCAGAUGCCAGGUCGCAUCCGUGACCCUUGUCCGAUCGAAGCCGCUUGGCUGAUCGCUCAGUGGAUGCUGCUCAAGAAUCAGGCUUUCUACUUCUGGUGUUCGCUAGCGGUGGUAAUGCAAGUGAAUGCCUAUGUGCGUCCAAGCGCCUUACUGGACAUCAAGAAAAAAGACCUGCUGCCACCACUUCUGCAGCGGGGCUCACGCUAUGUGAAUUGGGGCCUGGCGCUGGCCCCUAGCACAAGAACGGGCAAAACGAAAUCGGGCGAGCAAGACGACACUUUGAUCAUUGGCAUCCUCGACCGUGCUUUCGUUAAAGAUGUGGCCGCUUUCUUGCAUAGCUCCUUUCGCGAAGGUGAGCGUAUCUUCAGACACCUCACUCUGCCGUCUUACGAGAAAGCCGUCAAAGACGCAUGUGAGGCGUUGGAGUUGCAGAGCCUCAGGAUAGUGCCGCACUGUUUUCGCCACACUGGGCCCUCUACAGACGCCGACCUCAAGGUUGCGUGCUUCGGCGUGAACCAGUACGAAGCGUUCCUGAAGGCCAUGAUCGCAACCGGGUUCAAGAUCCCGAUGAAGAACAUCCUCAUCUCCAUCGGGCCGGCGCAGCAGAAGAACGAGUUCCUCAACUCGGCGCCGAUGCUGGUUGACAUGGGCUUCCAGCUGUAUGCGACGAAGAACACCCACGCGUUCCUCAGACAGGCCGGCAUCGAGUCCGCCAUCCUCGUCUACAAGCCGCGCGUGAAGCGAGAACCCAACGUCUUGACGUUGCUGCAGCAGGGGAAGCUGGAUUUGGUCAUCAACGUGCCGGACUCCAUGGACUCGCAGGCCCUCACCGACGGCUUCGACAUACGCAGGGCGGCGGUGGAUGGCGGUACGAGCCUUAUCACCGACAUCAAGACGGCGACCCUCACCAUCAUGUCGAUGCACAGGAAGUGGACCCGGGAGACGUCGGGCAGGCACUUCUGGAGCUACAGCUCGUGGAAGGAGUACACCGAGCCCAACGACAUUCUGCAGAAGCGCUGA